AUGUCUCUCCUUGAACCCAUGAUUCGCGAGAGCGAUUUGAACAUCUUUCAACUCAAGGAAGAUUACCUGAAGCGUAUAACCCCUGACUCAGACAAGAAAAACACUUCCAAGCACAAGCUACACACAAACCCACGUCAGUUUGAUCUUGACAUCCAAAGAUAUGAAGAGCUGUUUGAUACAAGGAAACUUACUUAUCUGGAACAAGAGACCAAGGAAAGGUUUCUCCGGGCAAUAAUUAACGAUCCCCCCUUUUUCGUUGAACAAUGGGAUAUGAAAGACGUGGAGGAAAAAACCAAAGGAAAGAAGCUCCGUCUCAAGGAAGAAAAAGCAAAGUCAAAAGAGCUACUAGCUGGUCUAGACAAACAAGCUCGUGACAUCUAUUCUGAGUACAAGCUGGUAAAUGCUACCAACGAGCGAACCAACACUCUUUAUCGUGAAAUAGAUGAAAUGCAACGCGAGUUUCAACGAUUACAAGAAGAGUAUCCACAGCUGCAGAUUCCCGACCAUCCUGAUCCGCAACUGAAUAUUUCAUCUGUAGAGGAGCUGGACAUCCUCGAAAAUGACUAUUUAUCGGAAAUUCAAGAUUUAGACGAUGAAAUUUUAAAGACAAGCCAGUCUAUUGACGAGGCACUGGCCAUGCAAAUCCAGCUUGAAAAGGACAUUGAGAAGCUUCGUACACAGCGUGAGAACAUCGACAAGAAUACUAAGGAAGUUGUUCGAAUUCGCAAUGAAGAGUUGAAAGCGACUGACAAAGAUAUGGAAUUAACUGCAGACUUUUACAGAAAUAUGGUCGAGUGUUUACUUGAGAUAUCUGAACUACAAAACUUCAAUGUAUCAGUUUCCUCCCAUAACUCCAACGAAGGCACUAUACUUCGAGUGAAUUUCGUUCUAGCGGCAUCUCCAGCUGUAAAGUUCAACUUAUAUAUCAAUGACGUCACGGGCGAACUACUGCCACAAUCGACAGUUUCCAAUGUCAAGAGCUCCAUUGUCGAAGAGGCUCUCUCGCAUGUGUCACAUGCGCCGCUUUCGACUCAAGCAGAAUUGUUUGUGAAGCGAAUCAGACAAAAUCUUUAG